AUGAAAUCUUUUGUGGAAUUUGUUUCAUGUUGCGUUAAAAACCCUGAAAUGUCUACUACAGAGGAGGUGGUGGCGUCUCCAAGGAGGGAGGAGACGAGGACUUUAAUGGCUCCAAAAAUGGCGGCACUGAGGAGGAAGAAGAAGAGGGUGAAGGUAGGGACACCAUUCUCUACUACUCCAGAGUGGAAGCCUUCGUUGCAUGCAAUCUCGGAGGAUACUGUUAUGGCGGAGAAAAGAGAGAAAAUGCUGCCGGAAGCGGCAACAACGGCGAAUAGGGCGGUAAAGAGGAAGAGCAUGUCGGGGUCCCUUUCCAAAAUUCACGUUCGAAGCCACAGCGACGACAUGGGGUAA